AUGACGAUCGAUGGUGCCGACGAUAACGCAAGCAAUGAAGAGAUGAUCAUGCUCGUGAUCAAGAACUUUGACAAGCAUCAAUCUGAGCAACUCAGAGCAUUCGUCAGCAACGAGCUCCCCAAACCUUCCGCAUUGCACACCGGCCUCAGCAAGUUCAGGGUGGACUUGAAUAGCAAACUCUCACAGUUCGUCGAGCUUCCCGACCUGGCUGCUCAGCUGGAGCUCUUGCUCGAAACAAUGGGGAAGAGCGGCGCGGCCCCAUCGUCUUGGAUAGCCUACGCGUCGGCCGUGUCAUGCCAGUUGAAAGUCGCCGGGGUGUUUCCUGAAGGUUCGCAGGACAUCUUCGUCACAGAGGGCAAUCUGGGUGCAAUUUGUGGGCUUCGGGCAAGGUACACUAUCCUGGCAUUGCGCAGCCUGCUGGAUUUGCGUGUUCUCAAAGUGCAACCGGCGUGUGCCCGAAUGUUGCAGCAGAUGGUUAAUGCCGUUGACGCUCCUGAGCUUGCUGACCACUCCUUGGUCACCUGUUCUCACGAUUUCGGAGCAGCAUUGGCUGGAUUCGAUUCGGUGCUCUCCCAAUCACAAGAUGCUGACUGGGCAGCGAAAUGGUGCAACAUGUUCUUGAAUGCAACUUCCUUGUCAGAGGCCACGAAGAUUCUGCGCGAGUCGUGCGGCGUGACAGCCGAGAUCGAGACAGGCGAAGCAGUGGUGCCAGCCACGCCCACGGCAGAUGGAGACAGGGACACGGUGACGAGCCAAGUCCGAAGUAUGCAGAAGAGCCUCUGCAAGCCCUUGAUCAGCCUUGCAGACAUUCACAAAGCCCACGUGGGGGUGUACGAUGACGGCGGGCUUCAUGAUGUACUCAGAGACUGGGAUGCCUUUGGAGAAUUCCUGGUUCAGAAGGAUGAUGUCCAGUCGGAGUUGGGCGUGCGCAUCGAUGCAGUGUUCCUGAAGGCUUUGUGGCAGUGCACAGAUGCGAUCUGCAGGGGGCUCGAAUCACUCCUGUGGCGGCUUUACGCCAACACAAAGGAAAAGUCAGAUGCUCACGUGUUUCUGGUCGCAGAUGCUGCUGCUGCGGCCACACGGGAAAGGGUAGUGCUGUGCCACGCGCCGGACGACAUGGAAUUGCCUUUCGUAGGACCUGUCUCGCUCAACAAAACCCCGCAGUCCCUGAUGCUGCUCCAGUGGGGAGGCGUGGAAUUCUUCGUGAAUCCGCCUCCAUCCCCGCCAGCCGGGGACGUGGUGGUCCCUGCCUGGCUGGCCAAGCACGCUGGUCCCAAAGAGCGCAGCACGGUGGAAUUGAAGUCGGAGGACAUUAUGAUCUACAUCUCGAACCAUGGCGCCGUCAGCAUGACCAAACCCAAACCGCCGCCCAAAAAGAGCCCACCUGCCAUGGAUAUCGGCACACAUGCCAAUCUGCCCGGUGCAACCCAGGUCACCCAGGAAGGCAAGCAGGCAACACAGGAAAGCCUCCAGGUCACCCCAGAAACCACGCAGCCAGCGCAGAACACCCCAGAAACUUCGCAGCGAGCGCAGAAAGGCACGGCAACCCCCAAACAGAACAAGGCGGAGGUGGAGGUGGUGGACGUGGACUUGGACGACGAUGCUCCCGGGGUUAUCACGUCAUCCAAUGAGUCAUCCAAUGCGAAGCUCGCCGUGCCGAUUAAGAAGGAAAAGCCGGUGGAGCGGUGCACUGGUCGCGACCUUUGCGACCAGGAGCUUGGGGCCCUCAUGUUUGCUGAUGAAAGGACACCUGCAGCGCAUUUCAAUCCCGACAAGCCCGACAACUCCGACAAGCCUGAGCAGAAGGAGAUCUGGAACGAGACAGACAUGACUGUCUAUUGGCUUCGUGUCCUGAAUCUGCUGUUGCAGUGCGAGGGUGUGUCGGGAGAGCCCGCCGCUUCAUUGAUUCGAGAGAAGAAGCCGAAGGAGAAGGGCGCGCGGGUCAAAGCAGCUGCGGACGAAGAUAAAGUGGUUGCAGCAAGCGGCUUGGGUGCCGUAUGCGUCCUUCGCGCGGCAGCAGGAGUGGCAGGAUCGAAGAAAAAAGGCGGCGACAAGAAGGAUGCAAAGCAGAAGAAGGCAGCCGUGAGGACUGUUCGAGGAGUGCACUUGCUCAAGUAG